AUGCCUCUCAAAGUGCUCAUCGUGGGCGCAGGCAUUGCCGGCCCAGCGCUUGCGUCGCUCUUGCAAGGUGCCGACCCGAGUCGCAACAUCACAGUCGUGGAGCGGUUCCCAUCACUGCGCACGGCUGGCCAGCAGAUUGAUUUGAAGAACCAGGCGGUCCCGAUCUUGAAGAAGAUGGGUCUCUUUGAGGCUGUCGCCGCACAGUGUGUCAAUGAAACAGGCGUGCAGAUUGUGGACGCACAAAAUCAGGUCAUCGCCCAGUUCGGGAUUAGUCCGUCCGGUCAGAGACGACGGACGUUGACUAGCGAACACGAGAUCAUGCGCGGCGACAUGGUCAGAGUGCUGUACGAAGCUAGUCUCAAGCAGGAUGCGAAACUGAAGCAAGAGCUCGGUGAUAACAAAGGAGCAUUGACGUACGAUUUCGGUAACUCGGUUGAAGGGCUCAGCCAGGACAGUGAGGGUGUGGAUGUGAAGUUCUCAGAUGGAAAGACCGGCCGAUAUGAUCUUGUCGUCGCAGCGGAUGGCCAAACAUCUCGGACCAGACGUCUUGCGUUUGGAGAAGCCGAAAACAAUGCAAGUUUCAAAUCAUUGGGGAUUCAUGCCGCCUAUUACAGUAUGCCGAGGGCUCAAGGAGAAGGGUCGCUUGCCAAGGCGUAUAUGGCGCUGGGGAGCAGGAUGAUUGUGACGAGGAACAGUGAGCAGCCAAUGACGCAGGUGUUGCUCUUCACUAUGAAGGACACCGAAAAGCUGGGAGCCAUUUACAAGGAAUCGCUAGAGAAGCAGAAGCAGGCAUUUGCCGAGAAUUACGAGGAUGCUGGCUGGGAAACAAGUCGACUCUUGAAUGGUAUGGACGCCGCAAAGGACUUCUACUGUCAUGAGAUGGGCCAGAUCAAGAUGCAGCAGCUGCAUAAGGGGCGAGUUGUUCUCGUUGGAGAUUCAGGUUACUGCCCGACACCGUUUACAGGCAUGGGAGUCACGGGCUGUCUCACCGGCGCAUACCUCCUAGCUGGUGAACUCUCAAGACAGGGCGAAGAUGUGGACAAGGCGCUUCAGUCAUACAAUGAAAUGAUGCGACAGCCUAUCGAUGAGUGCCAGCAAAUGUCAACAAGGUUGAUGGGAUUCGCUUUCCCCUCUUCGCGGUUGGGGCUCUGGAGCCUGCAAACUGUUCUGUGGGCCACUUCCAAGCUUGAGCCGUACGCUUAUCGAGGACGAACACAGGACGAUACGUUUUGGAGUCCACCAGAUUACCCUGAGCUGAAACUGAAGCCUGAAGCUGGACUCUGA